GUUUACAGUUAACAGUUGUGCGAGGAUGUCAAGUUGUACCGGUGAAUGAACUGUUUAAUUUUUAUACAAGCGAUAAAAGGAAAUAAGGAAGCAGAUCAUUUCAAGUUGCUGCCAUUUUUGCGAAUAAAAAUGGUUCCUCCUGAUCUUCCAUCUUCUAAUUCUAGUGCCAAAUCAUCUCGCGAUUAUGUGACACCUCAUAAAAUUUCUCUCUUAGUUCUUAUUAAAGAAUUUUGUGUUGUUAGACAUCGUUCACUACAUAAAAGGGCCAUCCCAAGAGAUGAAAAUUUAUGGGAACACACAAAUCUACAUAAUCGACAUUUUGCUUCAACAAUGUUGAAAUUAAUUCAGAAUCCUGAUAUGGACCUCAAACAACUGAAUAACAUUCUUCAUCCUAUUUUACAUCCAAAGACCUAUGAAGUGUUUAUAUCAAGAUUACAGAAGCUAAGUAAAAAUGGUGUAGCUGCAAUUAUGGAUUACAUAGCCACACUUGACUCACUAUUGGUAGAACCUGCUCCUGUUCUUCCUAUUGUGCAGAAAAGCAGCGUUUUGGGAUUGUUUAUUCGACACAUGCUGCUUGCUUUUGAUAAGUUGUCCUUCAGUCUAGUGACAAAGCUCUGUACUAAAGUCCGUAUUUAUUAUGAUACUGCCUUUGGACAGUGUCUUGAAGAAUGUAGUGAUAUUAGUAUUGGAGACUCUCCUCUAGAUGAAAAAUUGGACGAGAGUUCUUGUGACGAAUUUCAAGUUCUUGCAUCACAAAAGCAAGCUGAGUUUUUCAUAGCACAACAGGCUGCAUUAUUGCAAAUGAAUGAAGGUUCAGCUCUUUCACCGUUUGAAUUGCAAGAAAAAAUUAAAGAAUUGCUCAAAGGAAAUCCUGAAUUAUAUGAAGCAUGCUACCUCAGCUAUAUGAAUUUUUUACGAGUGAAGGAAUAUUGUGGUGCUCGUGAUAAUUUGUUUCAUCAUUUUGAUCGGAAGACAACUGUCCCCCAAGAAUGCAAAUCCACCUCAGCAUCUGAAGAUUUAAGUCGCAGUUCCAGAUAUGCAGCUUUGAAUUUGGCAAUUUUACAUUCAUUAUUUGGGCACAAGGAAGAAGCUCUUGCUGCUUUAAAUGAAGCUAUCAUGGUAGCUCAGGAAGCAAAUGAUAAUAUUUGCCUUCAAUAUUCAUUGGCUUGGCUAUAUCGAUUGAACUCUGACAACAAAGAAACUUUAAUUGAAGGAUCUGUGGCAAAAUCUACUGAACUUGGACUUUGGUGCUUGUCAUCACUUGGAAUUCAAGCAUUAACAAAAUUAAAAUCCUUCACAACAGUCCUGCCAUCUAGUGUUUUUGAGCUGCUGACAAAAAGUGAUGUCCAUAACUGUCAGCAUUCUAUGACAGAUUUAAUAGGUCCUGCUUAUACAUUGAGAGCUGGUCUCUGGGCAUAUUAUGGUCAUAGUAUGAUGAUGAAUUUAUCUAGUGAGAUGUUGUUAUAUUUGAACACAUCUGAUCCUAUUCGUGGAGGAACAUAUUACAUUGGGGAAGGCACAUGCUUAGCAUUAAGAAAUAUGGCUUUGUACUAUGCAUCAGAGGGCCAUUAUGCGGAAUCUUCAUCUGUCUUAGCACUUGCUCGAGAAUUAUUUCCUUAUCACUCAGAACACAGUCAUAUUUGGCAACUAGCUGAUUUAUUGAUAAAAUUCGAAAAAUUUCUCUAUCAAGGAAAAUGGGUCAAGGCGCUCCAAACUCAAAAGGGUAUAUCAGUGUUUGAUGUGGAUGAAGGAUCUUUGAGAAAAGCUCAACUGUUUUUGUAUCAAGGAAAUCAUUCUGAAGCUAAUGAUAUUUUGAAGAAAUUGUUAGAAAAAUGCGAGAAUUCUGACGUGUCUCCUCAUUUUCAUGUGAGAGUUCUUUUAUUGCGUUCUGAGCUUUUGUGUGAUGCUUCUAGCUACGUUGUUGCAUUGCCAACACUGAUGACUUGUUUGUCGAAGUGUGACUUACAUCAUUUGUUACAUCUUGGAGCUCUUACAAAGUUACAAGUUGCAGUAGUGCAACUGGAAUUGGGUCUUCCAGAACAAGCUCUGAACCUACUGGAUGAAGUUUUUGUGACCUUGUUGACUCAUGGUAGUGCCUAUGAUAAAGGUCUCUGUUGCUAUCUUCAUGGGAGAUGUGUGGCGUUUGCCGCUAUGCAAGGAAAGGAAAACAAAGAUGACGAUGCUUUUAAAAAAAGGAUAUUAUUUGCCAUAUCAAUGAAUAAGAAAGCAUUGGAGUAUUUGAAGAAAGUGAAAGCCAGUGAAAAAAUGAAACUUGCCCUGUAUUGGCAGGCACAAAUGUAUAACUUUUUAGGCAUGAACUCUGAAAGGAAUAAUGCAGCAUAUAGAUUCAGAAAUCUGGAAGAUGAACUAACAUAAUUGUGCCCUGAUAAAUUGUAAAACUUGUUCAUCUUGUAAAUAUUGUUCAAUAAAUUUAUUU